GGAAAAACUUGCCAUCACAUUGCUGCUUCCUGUUAUAGUUGGUCAGCCAUCCGUCCUUGAUUACACCUUACUUUUCUAUCUCUUUCUGCUAGCUUUUUACUCGCACCCCCAUUUGAUGCGCACUGGCCCAAAGAGCUCUUCUUGCUUUUCAUCUUACUCUCCUUGCUUUUUCAACUGUUGCCCCAACGGCUGUUCUAAACUGGCCACUUCUUUUCUUGCAUUCCAGCUGCGUUCUUCACUGCUGCUCCAGUUCAGCCACUCCAACUGCGACGACGGGGGCUAAUUACACUCGUCGAUAAAGAAACAUCAAACUCAGAACUUGUUUUCUUGAUUUGUUUGUCAUCUAUUAGAGCUUCUCAAUUUUUAAUCGAUAUCACCGACCUACUAGUCAUCGCUGUGGUCAACCUACUAUUCCCCAAUAGCCAUCUCUUUUGAAUUGAUCGUUUUCAAGGUCUCCACCUUGCAACUAGCUUAAUCCACCCAACUCUUCAGCUUUUUUGUUCAUUGCCUAGCGCACUCUUUAACCUUGAUUUGAUUUUGAAGUCUGUGCUCCAUUUUUUUUGUCAAUUGGGUUUUUCACCAAAAAAUACUCGGUCCACUGAUAGUCCAAAAAAUAUUUUAUUGAAUUUGCGCCGACUCCCCCUCACUAGCAUUCAAUCACAAUGGCUAAUACCCAACAACUGCAUCUUUCUGCAAGCACUCCUAGUGUUGGCCAUGCUGCCAGUCUUCACGGUACAGUCGCUACCGUGUCUAAUACGUCUACGGCUGCUCUAGACUCGCCCUUGAGCAACAAUUUUGAAAAGACGCCUUCCCAGUCUUCUGUAUCGUCUGGGCGUACCUCUCCUACUCGCUCCCAUCUAACUCGUAUCUUUUCACAGUUUGAAAUUGGACGGAUGCGAUUUGUUAUUUUGGAUUGUCCUACUGAUGCCACCCUGCCAGAAUACCUCAAGGAACUUAAAUCUCGGGGGGUGACAGAUGUUGUUCGGGUUUGCGAGCCUACUUAUGCCACUAAUUUGCUUCAUGAGAGUAAUAUCUCUGUACACGAUUGGCCGUUUAAGGAUGGUGGUGUUCCCACAUUAGAUAUCAUCAAGAACUUCCUGACCCUGGCUGACACUCGAUUUGGAGGAUUGUCGCUCGAGGCCAAGGAUAAGGAGUCUGCUAAUCAAGCCUGUAUUGCCGUGCAUUGUGUAGCUGGGCUUGGGCGGGCACCUGUUUUGGUUGCACUGACAUUGAUUGAAGCAGGCAUGGCCCCACUGGACGCGGUUGCCUUUGUUCGCAAGUAUCGCCGAGGAGCAUUCAAUUCAAUUCAAUUGACGUAUCUGGUUGAUACUUACAAGCGAUCGUAUAACAAGCGCCCGUCGGCCUUUUCAAACUUUCUCUCUGGUAAGCGAACAAGUAGCAAUAGCCACAGCAGCAAUGGUAGCUCCCCUGCGAGUGAUGUUUCUACCAAUGCACAUUCCAAUUUGAGCGGAUCAAAUGGGAGCAUCAAUGCCAGCAACAGUACUCUCAGCGGGCUGUCUAGUAAUGCAGCCAGUCUUCGCCAGAGUCUCUCGAAAGUAUUUGGUCUUCGUCGACCUGCAUCCAACUCGCCUACACUUUCUUCUGCUUCAACCUCAAUCCCCCUUGCUAUUGGAGGCUCUGUUGGAUUCCCUCCAUCUGACCAUGCAUCUCCGGCUCCAGCUGAACUGACUACCUUUUGAAUCUUGGCGCCGAAUCUAUCGCUGCCGCUUGAAGAAUAUUGUCGACUAAAUAAGGUUAUGACCGAGUGUAAUAGGACAUGCUGCUGCACCAUGUGUUUGGGGUUGUCUGUAUAUAGACUAUGGUCUAUUGAUUGUCACAAUAAAGGUUCAUUGUUAUUCGGAC